AUGGAGUCUGGCAAUAUCUCCUUUGUCAGACGCGCAACGCCGACGCCAGCGAACCAGCAUGUGCCCAAUACCCCCCUCGUGAAUCUCAGCCCGAACUUGAGUCCACCCUCCCAGAAAUUUUUCAGCACCACCUCGUAUCUAUCUAUCUAUCUAUCUAUCUAUCUAUCUAUCUAUCUAUCUAUCUCUUUCAGUCCGUCCAUAUCUUUGUAUCUAUCUAUCUCUUUCAGUCCGUCCAUAUCUUUGUAUCUAUCUAUCUCUUUCAGUCCGUUCAUAUCUUUGUAUCUAUCUAUCUCUUUCAGUCCGUUCAUAUCUUUUAGCAUUUUCUUUAUCUAUCUAUCUAUCUAUCUAUCUAUCUAUCUAUCUAUCUCUUUCAGUCCGUUCAUAUCUUUGUAUCUAUCUAUCUCUUUCAGUCCGUUCAUAUCUUUUAGCAUUUUCUUUAUCUAUCUAUCUAUCUAUCUAUCUAUCUAUCUAUCUAUCUAUCUAUCUAUCUAUUUCAGUCCGUUCAUAUCUAUCUAUCUAUCUAUCUAUCUAUCUAUCUAUCUAUCUAUCUAUCUAUCUAUCUCUUUCAGUCCGUUCAUAUCUUUUAGCAUUUUCUUUAUCUAUCUAUCUAUCUAUCUAUCUAUCUAUCUAUCUAUCUAUCUAUCUAUCUAUCUAUCUAUUUCAGUCCGUUCAUAUCUUUGUAUCUAUCCAUCUAUCUAUCUAUCUCUUUCAGUCCGUUCAUAUCUUUUAGCAUUUUCUUUAUCUAUCUAUUUAUCUAUCUAUCUAUCUAUCUAUCUAUCUAUCUAUCUAUCUAUCUAUCUAUCUAUCUAUCUCAGUCGGGUCAUAUCUAUCUAUCUAUCUAUCUAUCUAUCUAUCUAUCUAUCUAUCUAUCUAUCUCAGUCGGGUCAUAUCUAUCUAUCUCAGUCGGGUCAUGUCAUAUCUAUCUAUCUAUCUAUCUAUCUAUCUAUCUAUCUAUCUAUCUAUCUAUCUAUCACUCUCUUUCCUGGACGAUACGGUUCUUUCUUUUUUUAUACUCUCAAUUUCUUUCUUUCUUUCUCAGUCUUUUCAUAUAUAUCUUUCUACUUAUGUGCACUCUCGUUUCUCUCUGCAUAUUCGCUGUUUUUCAUGAAUAUGCCAACAUAUGUAAUUCAUAUACAACUAUGA